CACACCACACGUGGUCUCAUUUGUCACUGGAGAGUCGCAUUUUCAUUUAAAGUCGCCAUUUUUAAAUUACUGUAAGUUGACUUCACCAUGGCAGACGCAGAAAAGGAGCAGCCCGAGAAGACUAUUGCCGAGGAUUUGGUUGUAACCAAGUACAAAUUGGCCGGCGAAAUCGUAAACAAAACACUCAAGGCGGUGAUCGGACUGUGCGUGGCUGAUGCCUCCGCGAGGGAGAUUUGCACCCAGGGUGACAAUCUGCUGACUGAAGAAACCGGCAAAGUAUACAAAAAGGAAAAGGACCUGAAGAAGGGCAUCGCAUUCCCGACAUGCCUGUCCGUCAACAAUUGUGUCUGCCAUUUCUCGCCAGCAAAGAACGACCCCGACUACACGUUAAAGGCCGGCGAUGUCGUUAAAAUUGACUUGGGAGCGCACAUUGAUGGUUUCAUCGCAGUGGCCGCUCACACAAUUGUGGUUGGUGCCAGCGCAGAUCAAAAGAUCAGCGGACGCCAUGCUGAUGUAAUUCUGGCCGCCUACUGGUCCGUUCAGGCUGCAUUGCGGUUGCUAAAGUCCGGUGCCAAUAACUAUGCCAUCACCGAUGCCGUGCAACAAAUCAGCGAAUCGUACAAGUGCAAGCCGAUUGAGGGCAUGCUGAGCCACGAGCUGAAGCAGUUCAAAAUCGAUGGCGAGAAGACAAUCAUACAGAAUCCUAGCGAGGCGCAGCGCAAGGAGCACGAGAAGUGCACUUUUGACACGUACGAAGUGUAUGCCAUCGAUGUGAUUGUGAGCAGCGGCGAGGGCGUGGGACGGGAGAAGGACACCAAGGUCUCCAUCUACAAGAAGUCCGAGGAGAACUACAUGCUUAAGCUGAAGGCAUCCCGUGCCCUGCUGGCAGAGGUGAAAACAAAGUACGGGAACAUGCCUUUCAACAUCCGCAGCUUCGAGGAGGAGACCAAGGCACGCAUGGGCGUCGUCGAGUGUGUCUCGCACAAGAUGAUUGAGCCCUUCCAAGUGCUGUACGAGAAGCCAACUGAGGUUGUGGCGCAGUUCAAGCACACGAUUCUGCUCAUGCCCAAUGGCGUUAAUCUGGUUACCGGCAUACCAUUCAAUGUGGACAGCUUCGCCAGCGAGUACAGCAUUGCGCAGGAAGAGCUGAAGACACUGGUCGCGCAGCCACUGGGACCCGUCAAGGGCAAGGGAAAAGGCAAGAAGGCAUCUGCUGCGGCGACUAAAGUAGAUUCCGCGCCGGCGGCCGUUGAGGCCAAGGCAUAGAGCCCCGACCGAGCCCCCCCUAAAACCCAGAUGAGCAUCCACGAGAACAACUAACGCGCUGCCUACUGCUGCCGCAGGCUCCUUCAUAAACCCCAAGGAAUCACACAAUUUUGACAAAAUAACGGCAAACAGAUCGAAGUUUUUUAUUUGUACACACAUACAUACACGCCAGGGAAAACCACAAGCAUUUCCUUCCCUACCCUACCCUACCCUCCUUCCAGCAUUAAUGUGGUGCAGCCACCACUGGGGCCGCUAUUACUUUUACCUCUUUCAAUAUACUUUAUUAUUGUAAAGCGUGCGCCCGGGGGACUGUGACUGUUUUCGUUUAAUCGGUUUUACAACGAAUAAUGCAAGAACUGUCGUCAAAUUGUAACAAUUUUAACGCUAAACAUGAUCUUUAAAUAUAAUUCAAGAUGAAACAAAAAACGUUAUCAACGCUGCGUAGUAGGUAUUAAAUAAAAUUAACUUUUUC